AUGGGUUCCGGGGUCGCCUGGGAGGGUCCGCACCGUCCAGAACCAACCCCGAAAGAAAACCUCUCGCACCAGGAAGGGCCAAGGAAGAAUAACCAUCAGCUUUACAGGGAUUACCCAGCCGUCAGCAAGGAGGAAAGAAAACCGGCGACCAGGACAAGGACUCCUGAACAUAUCGUCGCCUCCUUCCGCGCCUCGGACAAGGGCAUGGCCAGCCGGCGUCCGGAGGCAGCGGAACAAGAGCGUAACACACGUGUUCUGGCUGUCUUAGCGGCUGUUUACAUUGACUCUCAUAUUAGUACACGCCAAAUAGCUAAACAAACAGGUAUACCUCAGAGAACAAUUGUGAGAAUUUUGAGGAAAAAGAAGCAUCAUCCAUACCAUAUCACAUUAACGCAGGCUCUAAUUCCAAAUGAUAUGCGACAACGUGUACUGUUUUGUCAAUCGGCUAGACAGAUGAUUGCGCAUGAUGCAGAUUUCUUUAAAUACGUUCUAUUCUCUGAUGAAUCGACAUUUAAAAAUACCAGAGAAUUAAAUACACAUAAUUGUCAUUACUGGUUGGAUGUCAAUCCUUAUUGGCAUAGGCAAGUUAAUAAUCAAUAUCGUUGGAGUGUAGUAGUUUGGUGUGGAAUUGUCAACGGUUAUCUAAUUGGUCUUUAUUUUUUUCAUCAGAAUAUGACCGGACAUAGCUUUCUAGAGUUAUUAAGAGACCACUUACACACUUUACUUGAAGAAGUCGAUUUGGAGACAAGGCGAAGAAUGUGGAUUCAGAUGGAUGGUGCGCCACCACAUUUCGCACGAAACAUAAGACAUUUUCUGGAUCAAAACUUCAACGGGGUACGUGAAAAAUUUGGUGUUCGAACGGGAACCGACGACAAGGGAAGACAUGAUCGAAUGAAUUUGAAUGGCUUGUAGAGCAAUACCAAGGGCUGUCUUACUUCGAACGGUCGAACACUUCGCAAAGAGAAUCAGGUUAUGCAUUCGAGCCAACGGGGAUAACUUUGAACAGCUUUUCCGAUAGAUGCUAAGAAACAGUUAAUCAAGUACCCCGAAUCGCGAGAGGCUAGGGGACUCACGUUAAUCA